GCCAUUUCGCUUGUGGCGCACCCCUCCAGUAACUCCCGGAGAAGAAAAACCAAAUUUUUCGUGCGCAGAAGAAGAAGAAGAAGAAGAGCGCAUGCGCGCAGAGAGCUUCAAAUCCAAGCUGCCGCGAAUUCGAUUCGCUGCUGGGUUCGAAUCCUCAAAGCUGCACCGGAGCACCGAUCUUCAGCUGAUCCGAUUCCCGAGGUCCGUCCGUCGGAGGCGUCGAUUCCGCAUUCAUGGAAGCUCCAUUGCUCGAUCGCUGAGGCGCGGCCCGCCCGCCGGCUGAUCGGUGCGAGCCCCGCCGAUAAUGGCUUCCUGGCUCAAAGCAGCUGAAGAUUUGUUUGAAGUUGUUGAUCGAAGGGCAAAGCUCGUCGUGAAUGAAUUGGCAGAAGAGCAGAAGAAUUCACCAGCUUCUAAUGGGCAAGGAUCUCAAGCCAAGAGGACAAAGCAACGGACGAAGGCUGUUAAGCGUCCUUCUACAACUGAAUCUCCCAGAGAAAUUGAUACUGCAGAGGAGCAUAGUACUAUCCGAAGUCCACAGAUAGAUGCCAAACCUGACGGAGACACCUCCUCUGGUUUAGUUGAAAAUGAGGGCAUCCAUUUGCAUAGGUCACUUACUUCAACAGAUGAUGAACAUUUUAAUGACCUCAACAAAGAUAUACCUGUUGAAGGCAAUGCAACGCCUCCAGAGAAGCAGGCAAAUGACAUGAUCAACCAUGAUCUUCGUAAUGAUGAAGUUCCAGCAGCUGAACCAAUUGUUGAGACUCCUGUGUCAAGUCUAAGCGGUGACGUCGUCAAUAAAAAUGCACCAGAUGCUCGUGAGGAACGAUCUGCCUCACCCCCGCUUACUAAAGUAGUUGAGGUUGCUGAUGAAGAUUUUUCGGUUGAUAAACGGAAAAAUAUUGAAGUGGAAGCUAUAAAUGCUCCUACAAAAAUUGAACAGGAAAGAUCUCAAUCUGCAAUUAAUGAAGUUCCCAGUAGCAAUGGAGGCGAAAUGAAAACUGCUGAUGAAAUUGUUGUAUCUUCACCCAAGAGAGAGAAGGACACAGAGCACAAAGAGCAAGCUUCAAUGAAAUUACAGGAGCAGCUUGAUGAGGCUCAAGGUCUUCUCAAAGCGGCAACUUCCAGUGGUCAGUCUAAAGAGGCCAGGUUAGCUAGGGUUUGUGCUGGACUUCAAUCCCGUCUUCAGGAAUACAAAUCGGAAAACCAACAGCUCGAGGAACUUCUUACUUCGGAGAGAGAGCUCAGUAAAUCAUAUGAGGUUCACAUAAAGCAGCUCCAGCAAGAUUUAUCUGCAGCUAAGAAUGAAGCCACAAGAGUAGAGUCAAGUAUGGCCGAAGCCCUUACGGCAAAAAAUUCUGAAAUUGAAGCACUUCUCAAGUCAGUAGAUUCCCUGAAGACACAACUUGCUUUAUCUGAAGGAAAUCUGGCUUCACUGCAGGUGAAUAUGGACUCUAUCAUGAGAAAUCGAGAAUUGACUGAGACGAGGAUGAUGCAAGCCCUUCGUGAGGAGCUGGCUUCUGCAGAAAGGAGGGCAGAAGAAGAGCGUGCAGCACAUAAUGCUAGCAAAAGGGCUGCCAUGGAAAGGGAAGUAGAAUUAGAACACAGAGCUGUUGAAUCAUCCACAGCACUUUCAAGAAUCCAGCGGACCAUAGAUGAGAGAACUGCAAGGAUAGCCGAACUUGAGCAGCAAAAGGCACUUCUGGAGGUUGAAAAUUCGUCCUUAAAUCAAGAAUUGCACGAUAUGGAAGCCCGUAUUCGACGUGAACAAAAGAAGUCUCCAGAAGAGACAAAUAAACUGAUUCAGAUGCAGGCGUGGCAGGAAGAAGUUGCAUCUGCUCGUCAAGGCCAGAGAGAUGCAGAGAACAAGGUUUCCACUAUGGAGGCUGAAUUGCAAAAGAUGAAGGUUGAAAUGGCUGCCAUGAAGAGGGAUGCUGAGCACUAUUCUCGUCAGGAGCAUAUGGAGCUUGAGAAGCGGUAUCGUGAGCUCACUGAUCUAUUGUAUUACAAGCAAACACAACUAGAAGCCAUGGCUAGUGAAAAGGCUGCAGCAGAAUUUCAAUUGGAAAAGGAACUGAAGCGUACUCAAGAAGCACAGGCAGAAGCAGAAAGAAAUAGGGUCUCGCGCAGAGCUUCAUCGUCAUGGGAAGAGGACUCUGAAAUGAAAGCACUGGAGCCUCUUCCCUUGUAUCACCGUCAUAUGGUUGGGGCAAGCAUACAAUUGCAAAAGGCAGCUAAAUUGUUAGAUUCCGGCGCUGCUAGGGCAACUAGAUUUCUUUGGAGAUAUCCAACAGCUCGGUUGCUCCUACUUUUUUACCUGGUAUUUGUACAUCUCUUCUUGAUGUAUCUUCUGCAUCACCUUCAGGAACAAGUGGACAAAUUUUCUGCCAGUGAAGUCGCAGAGUCUAUGGGACUUGCCACUCCCACAUUACCGUGAUUGUCUGGACUUGUCAGCGCAAAAGCUCAUGUAGGAAAGGUCCUUAAGCUCGAUCUGUCUGCUUUACCCUAUACAUACUCAGAGUGGCUUGAAAGAAGGCAUAUAUAUAUAAGAAAUAGUCCACCUAGACUCCAGACAACAAGUCAGGUGAUCAAGAAGCCCUAUUGGAGGAAGCCCUUCACACUCUAACGUAAUCAUUGGUCCAGCAUUCUUUGAAGUCAUAGUCAUAUUCCUUGAAAUGCAAAUAUCGUUUUUUCGGUUGCUCCAGAAAUAUGAAGCAUUUACAUUGUUCUGAACUGAACAGGGCCAGGUCCCUAAUUCCAGUCAUCAAGUUUUUUUUUUGCUAACCCCUUAUUUUACUUUGAACUUAUUAACGGGUCAUGAUUCAUCUUUGUUUAAUCUGCUCUAUGUGACUUGACAGUGAUAUAAUGUGUACAUAUAAGGCAGUUCAAAGAUUUUCUUGAGGAUGUAGAUGAACUUGCUUGUUGAAUGGGAUGCAAACCUCAAAUUGCUAA